AUGAUGGAGACGGUGGAACUUUGCUUUCCACAUCUACACAACAGCUCCUGCAUUAAGCACCAGGCUGACAUAUUUGAGAUAGAUCUUGUAAGUGUCCUGCUUUCUCUCCUCUCCACGAUCACGGCUGCACUCAACCUGCUCGUCAUCAUCUCCAUCUCCCACUUCAGGCAGCUCCACUCCACCACUAACCUCAUUCUGCUGUCACUGGCUGUCUCGGACUUUCUUGUUGGCCUCGUGGUCAUACCAAUUUUUGCCACAAUGUGGAAAGUCUGUUGGUACUUUGGUGAACUUUUAUGCGGUCUUGUCUACCUUGUGCCUUCUACAGCGAUCAUGGCUUCAGUUGGAACUGUGGUGCUCAUUUCAGUGGACCGUUAUGUGGCGAUUUGUGAUCCUUUGCAUUACCCGACUAGAAUGACAGAAAAGGUAGUUGGAAUCAGUAUUUCUGUGUGUUGGAUCUACGCUUUUGUGUAUGCAAUUUCAGUUUAUAUUGACAAUGUUAUAAAUCAAGAUAAGUAUCGACUUUGCCAUGGACAGUGUAUGGUUCAUACGUCGAGAGAUGCAAAUUUUAUUUUGGCCUUUGUCAUCCCAGUUACCACCAUUGUAUGUUUAUAUGUGAAAGUUUUUAUAAUGGCUGCGUCACAGGCGCGGGCCAUACGUUCUAACGCUACAGCUGUAAUAUCCAAAACUUCCAGAAAAUCUGAAAUUAAAGCUGCCAGGAAUUUGGGUAUCCUUGUACUGGUGUAUCUGAUGUGCUACUCGCCGUAUUAUUUUGUAGCCUAUUCAGAGGCCAAUAUAUUGAUAUUUGGUGUUCCCAUUGAACUUGUAUCUAUUUACCUAUACUUUUUGAAUUCCUGUAUUAACCCGCUCAUGUAUGCCAUGCUCUAUCCCUGGUUUAGAAAAGCCAUCAAACUCAUAGUCACACUGCAGAUAUUGAAACAUGGAUCAAGCAUUCUGGAUCUAUACUCUGGGAACUCUGGCUCCAAAAAACCUCAAGGGAGAUUUUGA